AUUCUGUUAAUGUAACGCGUUCCGACAAGUAUUCACCCCGCAACAAAAUCAAAUUAUGUUGCUCAUAGCGGACAAGUCACGCGACUGUAUCGAACCAAUGAGUUGUAAGAACCAGCGCCUGCGCAUCAGCAGCGGAACUCGGCUUAUGGCAAGUUUGAGGAGUCAGAGCGCGAAAUUACGGACAAGAAGCAGGUCGACGGUUGAAAAUUGGCAGUAAAGACGCUGUGUACACCAGGUCUGGAGGGAUACGCCAUAGGUAAUACCGCAUAUUAAAGUAGGAGACGUCCUUCGUUGACUGUUCGCAGGUGGCUUUAACUUAGCUUUUGGGUUAGCCAGCUAAGCCCAGCUGCAAUAACGUUAGUUCUAACUAAUCAGUUAUCUUAGCUUGGCUAGCUAGCUAACGUUACAGUUCAGGUGGGUCUUUUCACUAGUUAAAGUUGGCGAAGCAUCAAUGAGUGCAAAGAUCAGGACGAAGUAGUUAGCGGUAGCUAGCUUAGCUAUUUGGUUUAAUGGUCGUUUGUGUCGCACAAUGACUUCAUGGGAACUGAUUGGGAACGUCUGAAAACUUCGGAUAUGUGUGACUGACUGGACACUUUCCACUUGGUGUAUUCCUCACACAUACAGGAUAUAGUGUUACUUACAUGUAAUUAUUAUAACUUCACUCCUGUGUGUGGGAUCGGAUCUCAGAAAUGUUGGACGGGGGUCGGUUUGUGGAGGCUGUGGCAAGACUGGGCUACCCGGGCGCCGCUGCGCUAAAGGGCGAGGAUUUUGACUGGCUGUUCGACACGCCUGAGCACCAGCAGUUCCUGCGCUUCUUCUGCAGCAGCGUGAACAAGAGCAAUGUGCUCUCCCCGGAGGAGGUGCGCUCCUUCCGGGCUCUACGGGACUCCGGGAAACCCCUCCUGGACGAGGCCGAGCUCGGGGAGGCGCUCAAGGCCUGCCAGGCAACCUCGACACAGGCCGCCUCGUCCUGCUCUCAGCUGGAGGAGGUGGACGUGGAGCAGUUGGAGGAGGAGCUCCAGGCCCUGCGCGCGGAGAAGAAGCUGAAGACGCAGAGGCUGAAGAGGCUUCAGGUCCUGGCCAUCGGCCGCUCCGACACCGCCCUCCGGCUGGCGUCCCGGCAGGAGGACACUGCCCACAGGCUGAGGGACGACCUCUCCGCCCUGGGGGCCGAGAACGCCGAGACCAACGGUGCGCUGCAGGCGCUGACGGACGAGGUGAAGCGGCUGGCCUCCUUCCUCCGCGUGGAGUGCCCUCUGCAGGAGAGCGAUGGGGCCGCGCCCACCCCGGCCCCGCCCCUAGCACAGGGCCCUCCCGUCUUCCUCUCCCAGCUCUCCCUGGAGCCCUACCUGCACCAGGAGGAGCUCAACACCAAGACCCUGGCCCUCUACACGCAGAAGCAGUUCUUCACAGGCAUCGCGGGCAUGCUCGAGACCUCCAGCCGGGAGAACUUCCAGCUGCUGGACCUCAGCAGCUGCGCGGAGCAGGACGAGGCGGCGGCGGUGGAGGCCCGGCGGUCCGAGAUGGCCCGGCUGCAGUGGGCCCACAUUGUGACCCAGCAUCAGCUGCUCCUGGCCCAGGCUGAGGAGCACGGGACCAGGGCCGGCAUGCAGUGGAUCACCCAGACCCUGCGUGGGAAGGCCAAGCCGUGUGGGUCGGCACAGGCUCUUCAGGCCCGGGAGGUGGGCUUUCAGCAGGAGCUGCAGGCGGUUGGGGGCGAGCUGGAGGCCCUGCUGCGCGAGGCCGUCCCAGCAGCCCUCAGGGGGAGCGCGCGGCUGCUCAACGUGCCGGUGGUGCGCGGCGACUUCGAGCUGCAGCUGGCGCGGCAGGAGUACUACACGUCCCGGCAGGAUCGCGUGUGCGCCUGCCUGCUGCGGCAGAAGGCCUCCUUCGAGCUGCUGCGCCUGGCCCAGGAGCUGGAGCUGCGGCAGGGGAGAACGCUGCUGGGCCUGCUGGAGGAGCUGAGCGGGAGGCUGGAGAGCGCCAGCGCCUCCCUCAGGCAGCGCCUGCACGUCUUCUCCCAGCCCGAGCUCGGCCUCGCCCACGCCAGCCAGCCCUGCACCGUCAUCGGCACCAAGGACACGGCCUUCAGCAGGCUGUAUAAAGCCCUGGAGCGGGACAGUGAGGCCGCAGGGGCGCGGGACGAGCCCUUCAGGACGUUUGAGGGGCUGGAGCGGGCGGCGCAGGCCCUGCAGGAGGAGCUGCGGUCCGUCCGGGAGGCUCUGGGCGGGGCGAUCCGGGAACAGGCCUUCGAGGCGGCCAGUCUGGAGGCCGACUGCGACUUGCUCCGCGGGGCGGCGUACUCUGGGCUGCAGCAGCUGGUGCUGACGCCUCAGGUAUGUGCCACGCCCAAUCGGGAGCUCUGCCCAAACUCACAGGAGCUGAGAGGGCAUUUGCAGGACCUGGAGGCCGAGCUCAGCAGCCUGAAUAAUCUGAUGAAAGACAUCGUGGGGGAGAUCCGGGGCAAGAGGGCCCAGCUGGAGCGGAGCCGCACCCUGAAGAAGGAGCGCGAUCUCUACAUCUACUUCCACCUGGACGACAGGCUGCUGAAGAGGGUGGUGCAGGACCUGGAGAGCAGCGUCUGUGGGAAGGGGGAGCGCUCGUAGAGGCCUUGCGAUGGGGGGGGGGGGGGAAGGCAGGCAGGCAGGCUCGUAUACAUAUUUUUGGAGGGGGUCCCUUUUAUCACUGUUCAGAGGGGACCAUAGGGGAGGCGGGGGAGUCCAUUUUGACUGUUGGACAUCAGCUCUUCUGCAGGAGUGACACAGACUGCUUCCUUUCACACACACACCACACACCUCGCCUCCACUGGGCUGCCAGACAUCGGCUGAGGCUAGGUGUGCAUGUUUGUUUCUUGUUAAAUCCAAACCUAUGUGACUGCUUGAAGACCUUCAGCUGGAUAGCUGAUAGUCAGGUGGAUGAGGGAUUGUGCAACACCCAAAUAUUUCAAGCAGUUUUAAUGAAAAUCCAACUGGUCUGACUGGAGUGCAGUGUAUGCCGCUACAGAGUUUAACUUGUGCGCAUCUAGACGUAUUUUUGCCCGCAAAGCUCAUCUACAACUCGAUGGAUCGAGUUGACUGAUUGACUGACGGUUGAUAUGUAAAGCAAAGGGGAGAGUUUCUGUGGCUCUUAUCGCAUAUUUCCUGAGGAUAUUCAGUGGAGAUCUGUUGUUCAGAUACUAGUCUUGAGAUUGGAUAUCGCACUUAUUUCCCCUCACUGAUGGCAGUUGUCAUGCUGUUCUUUCUUUGUACAAUAUUCGUCUUCGUGUUCUUAGCCUAUUGAUGCAUGUUUGAAUUUCUGACCAAUAACCGGCUUCAAAGGAUACUUCGCCCUUAAGUAGCUCAUGAAAUUAAUUUGGUCCUGUACUAAUGUAUGUAACAACACCAAGUGCUCUUUGAUUCGCAUUACAAUUACAGCCUUUGUAUAUGGGCAUUUUUUGUCACAUCCCCCCAAGUACCAUGGCUUCUGCACAUCAGUUAAAUUUCAUGCUAGAAAACGAUUUGCCUCCUGAUGUAUUCCUGAUGCCAAUGUAUUUUAGUCUACCAUAUCAACCAUCCGUCAAACGUGAAUGACUGACAUACACACAGAGCUAAGAUGGGUCAUUGGCAACCUGCCUAUGGCCAUAAGGACAUCCGUGGAAAGGACUAACCAAAAUGUUUACUUCUCCUGUUUACAUGUUUGCCUGACUACUCCCACAGUAAAAGGAACAAGUCUGGUGUUUGCCCUUUGCCAACCUAUCUUGGACAAUGAGCAGACAUGCCCUAGCUCUGCAUCUGCCCUUCAAAUGCGAGUGAAUAUGGAGGCCAGUUUUACACUCACCUACAGUUCAAG